GUGCACGCGCGUGUGACCGUGCUCUAAUGCGCAACAGAUGCGCAUUUGGAGAGAUGGAGGACUUCGCACACACAACAUCCGCGGAGGAAUAAUUAAAUUUUCUGUGAGCUGCUGCUUGGUGAUGGAACAAUGCAGGUGAAGCCUCUCGCCGACCGUCAUGGAAGCGUAAUGAUAUGGAGGAAUCUGCGUCCAGCAUGACAGAGGAGAAGGGCGACUGCACCUGAACAGCAGAAGCAACUGCUGUGAUCUCCUUGGGAAUGGAUACUAACGCUUUCCUGGUGUGUUUUUGCUUCUUCCUGCUGUCGCCGAAUGUGUUUUCAUCUUCACUGGCGAUGAACUUCUGUCUGGAGCGCUGUGAAUGCCAGCCUCCACAGCGCGCCAUGUGCGCAAACCGAGGGCUGCGCACUGUGCCACAACCCGCAGCAGAGGCGUCUAACUACACACUGUCCUUAAACCUCGGAGGAAACUUCAUCACCAACAUCUCUGCCCUUGAUUUCACGCGGUACAAUAACCUUAUAAGGCUAAAUUUACAGUACAACCAGGUGGCAACGGUUCAUCCAAACGCUUUUGAGAAACUGACCAGGUUGGAGGAGCUUUAUCUGGGACACAAUCUCUUAUCAGCUCUACCAGUUGGGACUUUACAGCCCCUGAAGAAAUUAACCGUUCUCUAUGGAAACAAUAAUGCCAUCAAGAAAAUCACCCCUAACCUGUUCACCCACUUGCACAAUCUGGUUAAAUUGCGUCUGGAUGGUAACUUCCUAGAAGUCCUUCAGGACUCUGUUUUUGAAAGUUUGACGAGUCUCCAUUUUUUGCAUCUGGAGCACAACAAAGUGCAGCACAUCCACAGAAAGGCUUUCUCCAAACUGACCAGCCUUCGCUAUCUAAACCUGGCCCACAACAAGCAGUCAGGCUUGCCUACCCUUACUUUCUCCCACCUCAGAGCUCUCACCACAUUGCUGCUGUCUGAAAAUGAAAUCCAAUACAUUGGAAACCAUGUCUUCCAAAACCUGCAAAAGCUAUCUAAGCUUUCCCUUAGCAACAACCGAAUCUCUCAGAUGGACAGCGAAGCCUUGAAGGGGCUGUUGAGCCUCAGGGAGCUUCUGAUUGAUGGCAACGACUUGGCGGAAAUCCCUGCUGGUCUUCUGGACCCUUUGAAGCGCAUUGAGGAGCUAGACUUGAGCAGCAACAGGAUUUCCCACAUAGAUUCUUUGGCUUUUUCCAAACUAAAGCACUUAAAAGUGUUAAAGCUCAAGAACAAUUUCCUUACCAGUCUGUCUGGGGGCAAUUUUGCCCUCAACAAGGUACUUUUUGACUUGGAUCUCCAGGGCAACAACUGGACGUGUGACUGCCGUUUGAAUGAGCUGAAAAGAUGGAUGGCUGCUGUGCAAUCUCAGGGUAAACUUUUGACUGUUUUUCUGCAAUGUCGUUACCCGGCAACUCUGAGGGGGAAGUAUUUGGACUAUGUGAACAGCUCCCAGCUGCAGUCCCUCGGGAACCUGAGCCAUUUGUGCAAAAGUGAAGCUGGGCCAGAGGAGAGCCGGGGAGGAGGUGUCGUUUUGAAGAUGGAGGAAACAGGGAGAGGAGAUCUACAUGGAGCCAUGGUUGGAGAAUGGAGAGGAAGAGCAAAUAAAACAGAAGUUGGUGAAAGAGACAAUUGGAGACCAUGGAGAAGGGAAAGAGUGAUGAGGACAAGGGGGGAGGAGAAAAGGAAAAGAGAAAGAGGAGUCCAAGGAGACCAAAGCGGCAUUGAGAUGAUAGAAAACUCAUACGUGCUGAAAGGAAAGAAACCAAAAAACUCAAAACAUGGCACAGGAAGGCGUAAAUUGAAGGUUCCUUCCAAAUCUGAUCCAACAGCAGACCCUGGCCUCUUCACCAACUCCUCUGUCCCGUCAGGAGGAACCUUUGAUCUUCUAAGAUCAGAUCAGCAUGAAAUUGCAGAUCCAUGUGUGUUCAAUCACCAUUUCAUCUACAACGUUUCAGUGGCACAUAUAACCUCUAGUACUGUAACUGUCUUUUGGACCACCAGGGAUCAUCAUCACUCCGUACAAACACCCAGGACGAGCCGAGAAGUCCACUACCGUGUGAUGUUUGACAGAUUCGGCACCGCAGAUCGUUUCCCCCGCUAUGUUUAUACCCAAGGAACGGCUCGCUCUGUGACCCUUCGAGAGCUAAGCGCAGGAGUGACCUACAUGGUUUGUGUGGAAGGGGUGGUUGGAGGAUCGGUGUGCCAAGUCGCGCCCCGGGACCACUGUGCUGGACUGGUCACUCUUUCUGAGGGGAUAAACCGGGGAGCCAUGCUGACGUCAGAUCUCCAGCUGGUGACACUCGCAACGCUUGCAGGAAAUGCUCUGCUGCUGCUGGUCAUCGGUGGGGUCUGGUUGGGCCGCUUCCUCAGGAAGAGGCUGCGGAGGAGGAAGUCUGCCGUCCACGUGCGCCACAUGUAUUCAACCAGGAGACCGUUUCGCCCAGCCAUGGCGACAGCAUCCGUUUCUGCUGACUUCACCACUUACCAGAGCAGCCGACCAGCACGGCUUUCUCCAAUCGAGGAGGGGGAUCUCAUUGAGUUUCCCUGCGACCGUUUUCUGGACAGCUGCAGUGUCCACAGAGGCAGCGACAUGCAGAGAUUCACCGACUGAAACAAUGAACUUUUGACUCAUGCAGCAGUGUCAUGUGACACGCACUAAUUUGAACACAAGAACCGAGCAGCUUCUUCAGCUGAGCUCAUGAUGGCCUUUUCAGACUGGCGAGGAAGUGCAAUUUCCCUGACGUCCCUUUCCUGCUUUGUCCCUUUCCUCUUUCAUUUCCUCCCACCUGCAGGUGUUUGAAAAACAAACAUUAGGACUGGAAGUGAGCAUAUUUCAAUGAUGUACCACGAAUUUCAACUACGGUGCUAAUACUGAAUUCACAGACAUCAUAUUGUUUCAUGGUUUUAAUAAAAAAGUAAUGAUGGCUGCUGAUUGGCAGAUAAAAGGAAUAUUUGUAACGCAUUAUGUUUUAUACUUUUGUAUGGAGUUUUGUAUCUUUUUGGAAACAAGUAAAAAUCCCCUUUAAUGUGAUCAA